AUGGAUUUCAGAGGGCAUGGAUUUGUUAGUCAGCCUAUUGUGAAACCCAAGAAAACCAAUUUUGUUUCCAAAACAGUUACUGGAUAUCAUAUAAGCAGGAGAAAUUUAUCGACAAUGUCAAAAGGUGUACAGGUACAUGAAGUACAGAGGAGAAAAAAAUCCAUUUGUGGUGUUCAAGGUGGUGAAGAAGACAAGCGAAAAGGUGAUAAUAUUGAAAGUUUCAUGACUGAUUUUUCGAAUGUUUAUGCCUCAGAUUUAUUGCCAUCUAAACAUGGAAGUGAAUUCACAGAUCACUUUCUGCUAGAGGUGGUAGACAUUCUUUUGCAUUACAUCAGAAAAACCUUUGAUGAGAAAAGUAAAAUACUGGACUUCCAUCAUCCUCAUCACCUUCUUGAAGGUUUGGAUGGAUUCAACUUAGAACUGUCUGACCAGCCUGAACCAUUGGAACAGCUGCUUGUUGAUUGCAGAGAUACAUUAAAAUACGGAGUUAAAACUGGACACCCUUGCUUUUUCAAUCAGGUCUCCAGUGGGCUUGAUAUGAUUGGAUUGGCUGGUGAGUGGUUGACAGCAACUGCAAAUACUAACAUGUUUACAUAUGAAAUAUCCCCUGUAUUUACUGUCAUGGAAAUGAUGCUUCUGAAGAAAAUGCAUAAAAUGAUUGGAUGGGGAGAAACAGAAGCUGAUGGGAUAUUUUCUCAUGGUAAGGGGAGCAUAUCAAAUCUAUAUAGCAUAUUGGUAGCUGGUUACAAAAAAUUUCCACAGAGUAAAACCAAAGGCAUGGCUGUACUUCCACAAAUUGUAUUAUUUGUUUCUGAACAUAGUCAUUAUUCCAUAAGGAAAACAGCAGCAGUACUUGGCAUUGGAACUGAUAAUGUGAUUGAGGUAAGAGAUGAAAGGGGGAAGAUGAUUCCACUAGAAUUAGAGGAAAAUAUACUAUGAGCCAAGAAAAUGGGACUUACUCCCUUCUGUGUCAGUGCCAUAGCAGGUACAACAGUGUAUGGCGCCUUUGAUCCUCUGAAAAACAUUGCUGAUGUUUGUGAGCGGCACAGCCUCUGGAUGCACAUGGAUGCAGCAUGGGGAGGUGGAUUAUUGAUGUCCAAAAAGCAUUCUUAUAAGCUUCAUGGCAUUGAAAGGGCCAACUCUGUGACCUGGAAUCCACACAAACUGAUGGGAGUCCCUCUUCAGUGUUCUGUUGUCCUGAUCCGAGAAAAGGGUCUUCUCGAAUCAUGUAACCAGAUGUGUGCUGAGUAUUUGUUCCAUCCUGAUAAACAUUAUGAUGUAGGCUAUGACACUGGAGACAAGACAAUUCAAUGUGGCAGACAUGCUGAUAUCUUCAAACUCUGGUUAAUGUGGAAAGCAAAGUAUUCAUUACACGGCACCUCUGGCUUUGAAGUUCAGAUAAACACAUUUAUGGAGCUGGCAGAUUAUCUUUACAAGAUUCUGAAGAAAAAAGAAAAUUUUGAGCUUGUAUUUGAUGGGGAACCUGAACUCACUAAUAUUUGCUUCUGGUAUAUCCCACCAAGACUUAUAAGUAUCUCAAAUGAAUAUGAGAAGCAGCAAGAACUUCAAAAGAUUGCACCCAAGAUCAAAGCACUGAUGAUGGAAGAAGGCAAAACCAUGGUCAGCUACCAGCCAUAUGGAGAUAAAGUCAAUUUUUUUCGAAUGGUCUUCUCCAACCCUGCUACCAAACAAUCAGAUGUUGAUUUUCUUAUUGAUGAAAUUGAAAGUCUUGGGAAGGCUUUAUGA